GAGUGUGGUUUGACUAGAUUUACCCACAAUUCUUGUUCUCGCAAAGGAUGAACAUUUCAAGAAGCCGCAGAAAUGCAACAGUAGAGAUCGCCUCUGUUGGGAUUUGUGAACCCAAAUCGGGAAGAUGCUACAUGAAGGCUCUAGUGUUUGCUCUUUGAUUUGUUGGGUUUUUGUGUCUGAUUGUGCCCCUGUGAUGCCCUUCAAGUUCUCCAAAGACCAGUUCUGGUUGGAGCCUCCGUCGGAGAAGCUGAGGAAGCAGCUCGAGGAGGAGCUGAAACUGAGCGGCAGCAACCUGAAGAGCCAUGCCUGGUACCAUGGACCAAUCCCCUGGGAGGUGUCUGAGAGUCUGGUGGUGAACCACGGCGACUUCCUCCUCAGAGACUCUCAGUCCUGUCUGGGCGACUUCUUGCUCACGUGCCACUGGGAGCAGAAGACCCUUCACUUUGUCAUCAGGAAGACGCUGGUUCAGUCCAGUGAGGCGUACACCCGGGUGCAGUACAGCCUGGAGGAUGAAGCGUUUGACUCUUUGCCAGCUCUUGUUCACUUCUACGUGGGCAGCAAGGCGGCUCUGACCGGGUGGAGCGAGGCUCAGAUUCAGCAGCCACUGAACAGGACUCUGCCUCUCAGCUACUUGCAGACCGCCUUCUGCACUGCUGUCAGCCCCCCCUCAAGCCACCGAGAGGGGAGGGUCUGUCCGAAAAGUCCUUCCUCUCUCCACCACAGGGAGCAGGACGACCGUCCUCUGCUGACUGCUGCAGAAUUCUCCACUGUCUACAACAGUGAGUCACAUACCAUAAUAAACUCUUUUUUCAUCUUUGUUGCCAUGCCAGAGACACAACCCAUAAAAUAGUUAAAUCAUAAAUGACCAUAUGACUGAAAAUUCCCCAGGGCCAACAUCAAAUCAUAGAAGUGCCCUUUGUCAAUUUGACUUUUGCCCAGAUAAACUAAUGAAACUCAACGAACAGAUCAAAUAACACCAUGCAAUCUUGUAAUGUUUACUUGUGGCGUUAGCCUGUGUUAUGGUAGCCACAGAAAGUGUCCUGAUCUGGCGGGGAGUAGGGGCAGGCAGGCCUCCAGCGUUUCCCACUCCAAAGUGCUUCACACAGCUGCAUUCAACUUAAACUGUGUGUAAUAAUAACAGUGACUGCAGAUAUGCAGGUGACUCCGACUGAAACAUGAAUUACAAAUGUGUGUCAUUGAGCAAGUCUCAUCAUUCAUGUAUUUAUAAAAGGUAUUAUGGUUAGGUUUUAGUUGUAGUAAUUCUAGCCAAACUGUGGUGCUAACAUAGAAGCCAAGUGGCUGUGCUCAACUCUUGAUUUGCUCGAGCAGUUGUGGGGCGUGGCCUUAAUAUCGGUUCAUCAUCCCCCUACAGCUAACCGAUCAAUAAAGUGUAUUUUCUGCCACUUUAAUUAAAUCCAAUAUAAAAGUGUACAAUGGAUGUUUUACAGUAUUGAUAAACCCUUGGAUCAACGCUACUUCUUAGUCCUCAGAACUGAGGGCAUACUGGACGUCACAGUGAGACACUAAGGCCUCUAAAAUAAAAAGUGGUAUUACAUGACAGAUUGCACCAAGCUCUGCUAAGCAUGCUAAUAUUAGUAGAUUUGUUUGAUUACAGUUUUCAACAUAGCGUCAGCUUUCUAACAUAUUACAUACAUGAUAGUAUGGGAAAUGUUUUUAAACCAAAAUGCUGGCCUUAUCUUACACAUUGUACAUUUAAGCUUCAAUGGCUCUAACCAAAUAAGCAAAAGGUCCCAGGUUUGGCUGGGGACCUUUACUGCACCUUUGUUGUCCUACCCCUCAGUCUUCAUGUUUCCCUACACGACUCUAGCUCUCAAAUAUAGGCAACAUGCCACAAAUGAUCAUUAAAAAAGACAACAGGAUAAUGUGAAAUACUAGAUCAGUGUGAGCAAUAAACAGAAACUGAUAUACACAUAGAUCCGUGGAACAAUCACAGAACAACGUCAUAUCAAAGCUAAAAGUCAUGAUAAAACAAAAAGCAAGUAGUCCUUCCCCCAGUCUUAUUGACAGACAAUCGUAAUAUACAGCUAUUUGUGAAAUUAAUUUAAAAAAGAUUAUACCAACAACAUUUUCUAAAACCUGGAUACACACGCUAAAGCUAAAGUUAGGAUAACAAUGUAAGACAUGCUCAUAAUACAUCUUGAUACAGUUCAGACUAGUUACCAAGUAUUAAUGUUUUUAAAAAUGUAUGACUGUGUAUGUAGCAGUAUAUUCAUUAUUCACUUUUGACCUUGCUUCUAGAAAACAAACAUUUCCACAUAACUUUAACUGCAACAAGAAAAACUGUUAAUACUAGCAACAUAACUGCCAGUAAAAACACUACCACAUCGAUUGAAUGGUACUGGAUCUUGGACAUCUUGUAAGACUCUGUCCUAAGAUGUGCUGCUCCCUUGUUCCUCAUCACAAACUCGAUCCAGAACAUGGCUUUGUCCAGUGGUU